GCUCCCGCGCACGUGCCAAGGAAGUGUCAACGUUGAGAGAGAAAAUACCCCCCGUUCCGACGGGCUCAUCUGGCACCCCCCACCGGAAGAGGGGCAUAAACGCCCCCCGUUCCUACGGGCUCCCGUAGCGCCUCCCACCCCGGAAGAGGGGCGUAACCCCUCCACCGACGGGCUCAUGUAGUGCCCCCCACCGGGAGAAGGGCAUAACCCCCCCCCUGUUCUGACGGGCUCCCGUAACCCCUCCACUGACGGGCUCAUGUAGUGCCCCCCACCGGGAGAAGGGCAUAACCCCCCCCCGUUCCGACGGGCUCAUGUAGUGCCCCCCACCGGGAGAAGGGCAUAACCCCCCCCGUUCCGACGGGCUCAUGUAGUGCCCCCCACCGGGAGAAGGGCAUAAUCCCCACCCCGUUCCGACGGGCUCCUCCGGUGGUCCUCCUCCCCGGGGGUGAUAGGAAUAACCGCGCCCCUUCCAUUUGACUGCUCUGGUGGGCCCCACCCGCCUUUCCCAAAACGUGGAUGACUCCCCCCUUCCUUUCCGAUUGACCCGCCUCAGGAGAACAGGUUACGGAAAAAAUGAUUUCCGAAAGCAGUUCUUUUGUGAAAGGUAUGGUGUUAGGAGGACUCUUCUGUGUAUUUGUUACACUCAUAGGACAUAAUAAGAUGGGCCAUGGGAGUAAAGCACAUCAUCAUGAGCAUCAUCAUAUUCAAGCACCUAACAUAGAAGAUGUCUCAAAUUUGUCAGAAGCUGAGCGCAUGGAGCUCAGCCAUAGUAUCCGUGUUUAUUGUAUCAUCCUUGUCAAACCUAAAGAUCUUGGAAAUUGGGCUGCUGUGAAAGAAACAUGGAGCAAACACUGUGACAAGGCCGAAUUCUACAGUUCUGAAAGUGUUAAGGUGUUUGAUUCUGUUGUUCUCAACACAAAUGACAUGUGGGUGAUGGUGAGAAAUGCUUAUAAAUUAGCAUAUGAACGCUAUAAAGAUGAGUACAACUGGUUCUUUCUAGCACAUCCAACUACAUUUGCUGUUAUAGAAAAUCUCAAAUAUUUCUUGCUGAAAAAAGACCCAUCGCAGCCUUUUUAUAUAGGUCAUACUGUAAAAUCAGGAGAGCUUGAGUACGUAGAUGGUGAUGGAGGAAUUGUCUUAAGUAUAGAGUCCCUAAAAAGACUCUCUAAAAUUUUUGAAGACCCUGAUAAGUGUCCAGAACAGGGAGGCUUGCUUUGGAAACUCUCUGAGGAUAAACAGCUAGCAGUCUGCCUGAAAUAUACUGGAGUAUUAGCUGAAAAUGCAGAAGAUUCUGAAGGAAAAGAUGUCUUUAACACCAAAUCAGUUGGUUCUCUUAUUAAAGAAGCAAUGGCUAAUCACCCUCAACAAGUAGUAGAGGGAUGCUGUUCUGACAUGGCCAUCACUUUCAAUGGAUUGGCUCCUAACCACAUGCAUGUAAUGAUGUAUGGCGUUUAUAGGCUCAGAGCAUAUGGGCACAAUUUCAAAGAUGCACUGGUUUUCUUACCUCCCGCAGAUUCAGACAAUGACUGAUAUCUGUUCAAAGAAGGCAUAUGUAUUGCGUAGAACAUGCAGUCAGCUGUUAAUGCAUAAUGUGACUUGCAUGUAUACAAGCUGGUGCAAUUUUUGUAUUUGAUGGUAUCUGUGUAUUUUUUGCACAUCAGGGUUUGUUCAUUUUAGUUUUAAAAGGGGGAAUCUUUUUUUUCUAAAACUUUUAUACAAAAAUGUUUCUGGCUCUUGACUGUGUUGGAAUGAAAAAUGUUAAUGGUAAUGCUAAAAUCUUUGUGUGAUAAAGGAAAUGAAUUUAUAGGGGAUAUUUGUAUGGCUAAAUAUUUAUAAGUGAAAACAAAUGAAUCUUAAUGUAUUGUAAUUUAAAUAUAUUUUUGCAAGAUUU